AUGUCGCAUCACGCUCCCACUUCGCGCCCAAAGCCCCCUCCCCCGGGCAGCGAAGAAGCCUCGACCAUUCUGAACCUCGGCGAAUUUCAGCAUGUAGAUACUUUAACAUUGUCGGAGGCGUCUCUUGUCAUCAACGCGCUUGUGACGAAGCGCAAGAUUGACCGCAAGAACAUCAACGAGACUGAGAUGUUGACACAAACCCUCAACUACCUCGACGCCUUCUCUCGAUUCCGUCAGAAAGAGAAUGUGGAGGCUGUUGAGAGAUUGCUCAGUGCACACAAGCAGCUUGCCAAGUUUGAACGUGCACAAAUAGGGUCCCUUUGCUGCGAAACCGCCGAGGAAGCAAAGACACUCAUUCCUUCCUUACAAGACAAGAUUAGCGAUGACGAUUUGCAAAUACUUCUUGAUGAGAUCAGCAAGCUCCAGAGCCGAUGA